ACCACGUCACGUAUAAUAUUGGGUUGGCGAUUCGCAGCGAUGGCGACUCGAUUCUUCUACGGGACGUAUUGAAACUGGCCUCGAAUAUGACAAAUGUAUAUCCUAACGUGUAAUUUAUUGCAAACCCAGUGCACGGAUCUUCAACUGGAUCAUUAACGUUUAUAUUGUCAUUUCUUUCUCUCUGAAUUCAAUGUCUUCACUCUAACUGAAAUUUGCAAAACAGGAUCAUCAGGAUCGCACCUCAUCUGUUGCUUGUUCUCUUUUGACUUAGAUUUGGGGUCCAGUGAAGAAGGCCUGUGGUCCUUGUCCAGUGACCCACACUCCUUCACAAGGGCCAUGGAGGAGGAGGGGCCGCAGAGCAUGGAAUGUAUCCAGGCCAAUCAGAUCUUCCCCAAGAAGCCCCCAGUCCUGGAGGAGGGGAGCCUGCAGGUGCCCUUUCCCGAGCUGCAUGGGGAGUUCACAAAGUAUGUGGGGAGAGCGGAGGAUGCAAUCAUCGCCAUGUCCAGCUACCGCCUCCACAUCAAGUUCAAAGAGUCCAUCGUAAAUGUCCCUCUGCAGCUCAUAGAGACUGUGGAGUGUCGUGACAUGUUCCAGCUCCAUGUCACCUGCAAGGACUGUAAGGUCGUCAGGUGUCAAUUCUCCACCUUAGAGCAGUGUCAGGAGUGGCUGAAGCGGCUGAACGCUGUGGUUCGCCCUCCGUCUUGCUUGGAGGACCUCUUCUCCUUCCCCUUCCAUGCCUGGUGUGUGGACGUGUAUGCCGGGGAGAAGGAGCAGCACGGGGAGCUGUGCAGGCCAGGAGAGCAUGUGACCUCCUGGUUCAAGAAUGAGGUGGAGAGGAUGGGCUUUGACACUCAAAACGCCUGGAGGAUAUCUGACAUCAACAGCAAGUUCAGGUUGUGCUCCAGCUAUCCGCAGCAGCUCCUGGUGCCAGCCUGGAUCACAGACAAGGAGCUGGAGAACGUGGCAGCCUUCCGCUCCUGGAAGAGGUUCCCGGCCGUUGUGUUCAGGCACCAGAGCACUGGGGCUGUGAUCGCCCGCUGCGGCCAGCCGGAGGUCAGUUGGUGGGGCUGGAGGAAUGCAGACGACGAGCACCUGGUCCAGUCCAUCGCCAGGGCCUGUGCUGUGGACUGCAGCUCCCGCAAACACCUGGCAAACGGAUCCUACAUCAAUGGAACCAAUGGAAUCAUCGGCACCAAUGACCUCGUGGACACUGACUUCGAAUCGUCCCUGACGAACAGCUCUGAGGUAGAGACACUGGCCAUCCAGCCACAAAAGCUGCUGAUCCUGGAUGCCAGGUCCUAUGCAGCGGCUGUGGCCAACAGGGCCAAGGGAGGGGGCUGUGAAUGCCCAGAGUACUACCCCAACUGUGAGGUUGUGUUCAUGGGCAUGGCCAACAUUCACUCCAUCCGCAAGAGUUUCCAGUCCCUGCGCUUCCUCUGCACCCAGAUGCCAGACCCGGCCAACUGGCUGUCUGCUCUGGAGAGCACCAAGUGGCUGCAGCAUCUGUCUCUGUUGCUGAAGGCUGCCCUGUUGGUGUUGAACGCUGUGGACCGCGACCACAGACCUGUUCUGGUGCACUGCUCUGACGGAUGGGACCGCACGCCCCAGAUCGCUGCCCUGUCCAAGCUCUUGUUGGACCCAUACUACCGCACCAUUGAGGGUUUCCAGGUGCUGGUGGAGACUGAGUGGCUGGACUUUGGCCAUAAGUUUGCUGACCGCUGUGGCCACGGGGAGAACUCAGAGGACCUGAACGAGCGCUGCCCGGUCUUCCUGCAGUGGCUGGACUGUGUUCACCAGCUCCAAAGGCAGUUCCCAUGCUCCUUUGAGUUCAAUGAGGCCUUCCUGGUGAAGAUGGUGCAGCAUUCCUACUCGUGUCUGUUUGGCACCUUCCUGUGCAACAGUGGGAAGGAGAGGGAGGACCGUCAGGUUCGGGAGAGGACCUGCUCCGUGUGGUCACUGCUGCGACCAGCCAACCGCGCCUUGAGGAACAUGCUCUACUCCUCCCACUCCGAGACUGUGCUCCACCCAGUUUGUCAUGUACGUAACCUGAUGCUGUGGACGGCAGUCUACCUUCCCAGCUCCUCCCCCACCACGCCCUCUGAUGAGUCAUGUGCACCCUAUCCUGUGCCAGGUGCCAACCCUGAGGACACUCCCCUGGGCAGACGUCCGAAGACCCGUUCCUUCGAUAACUUGCCCAGCGCCUGUGAGCUGGGGAGCUCGCUGGCCCCAAACCGGCGCUCCAGUGACCCAAACCUGAAUGAGAAGUGGCAGGACCACCGGCGCUCUCUGGAGCUCAACAUUGCUAUGGGUCCCGACGGAGGGGGAGCUCAGGAAGGGCGUGCUAACGGCCAGCCUGGAGCAGCAGGGCCUCAGGCAGGCACGGCCGACUCUGAGCCAGAAGACAGCCCUGAAGGAGGGCAGAUUGAGCUGAGAGACAGAGCCUCCAAGGGGUUGUUAGCAGCAGGAGAUGAGCUUGAGCUCUCCAUUGAGCUGGCUGUGGCAGAGGGACAGAUGGAGAACAUUCUCCAGGAAGCAACAAAGGAGGAGGUUGGUGCCGAUACUCAGAGAGAAGCUAAUGCUGCUGCUCCUCCUAUUGUCGUGGCUCAAACUCUAUUUGAUGCUAAUGUUAAUGGAAGAGAGACGGAGAAAGAGGCCAGCACCAGUGAUGGUAAGGCUGAUAAACAAGGUAACAUCAAUGGGGCUGAGAAUCAGACGGGGGCUACUAUCACUAAUGGGCAUCACCCAGAGAAGGGCACAGAUGAACCUGAGGAGGAGUCUAGUGUCUCUCCAGGCAGUCCCACAGACGUUCCAGAGGAGCAGGAGGUGGACGUUCCAGAGGAGCAGGAGGUGGACGUUCCAGAGGAGCAGGAGGUGGACGUUCCAGAGGAGCAGGAGGUGGACGUUCCAGAGGAGCAGGAGGUGGACGUUCCAGAGGAGCAGGAGGUGGACGUUCCAGAGGAGCAGGAGGUGGACGUUCCAGAGGAGCAGGAGGUGGACGUUCCAGAGGAGCAGGAGGAAGUGUUGGUGAAGCAUGUUCUGGAGAACCGUACUGCCCAGGAGGAGCCAGACCACAACCCUAGCACCAGCACCCCCAGCCCAGCCCACGCUGCCCUUAGAACUAUGAUCAAUGGCUUUGGAGAGAGGACACCAGUGGCUGCUGAGAAUCACCUUCCACCAGAGCUGAAGUCCAGCAGACAUCUCUCAGAGGUCCUGGUGCAAGCUGACAAGAGGGCCUCCCUCAUGGAGAGCUCAACAGAGACUCUGACUGAAGAGGCCUGCACCAGGCCAGAGGCCCCAGUGCAGGUACCCAUCUGUGCAGGCCCCCAGCCCUGCUCUGAAGGCAGGAGUCAACCCCCCUGCCACAGGAGAGUGAACGGGGAGGCAGAGCCAGAGCAGGGGGCACCCAGGACUUCAAAUGGAGGACACAAGCGGCCCUCCGUCAGUGCCUUCCAGUCUUUGAGUGCUGAUCCCAGCAGGGAGGGACCCUGUAAUGGCGAGAGCUUGGAGGGGGAGCCCUGCAGUGGCCCUCACUGGGCCAAGGUGAAUGGGGAGCGGGCCCCACUGAGCCGCCAGGUAUCCCUGGCCUCCUGCAGCUCCCUGACCCACCACCGCCGGGGCAGCUGCUCCCAGCACCGCUGCCUCCAUGCCCUACUGGGGCGUCCUGCCGCCACACCCAGCCCCGAGCAGCCGGCCCGCAGUCACCUGGACGAUGACGGCCUGACGCUCCACACAGACGCCAUCCAGCAGCGGUUGAGGCAGAUCGAGGCAGGCCACCAGAUGGAGGUGGAGACGCUGAAGAAGCAGGUGCAGGAGCUGUGGAGCCGCUUGGAGAGCCAUCACCACGCAGCAUCCCUCAGGAUCAACGGAGAUAUGGGAGACGAAGUGACCUCAAUGACAGACUCUGAGUAUAACCUGGAUGCUAGCUGCCUGUCCCGCUGCAGCACAGAGCUCUUUUCUGAGGCUAGCUGGGAGCAGGUGGACAAGAAUGACACUGAGGUGACCCGCUGGUACCCGGACCACUUGGCAGCCCAGUGCUACGGGUGUGAGAGUAGGUUCUGGCUCGCCACCAGGAAGCAUCACUGCAGUGACAGGGAGCCUGUCCAAGAGGUCUGGAACUGUGGGAAUGUAUUCUGUGCCAGCUGCUGCGACCAGAAGAUACCCGUGCCAAGCCAGCAGCUGUUUGAGCCCACCCGUGUUUGUAAGACCUGCUACGGCAGCCUCCAGAUCAAUACAGCUCCCAAUCCCAUGGAACUGGAGCUGGAAGAACCCAUCACAGCCAGCUCCAACUAGGGCCCUGGGAGGGGCUAGGCCGAGCCCCCCAGCCAAUACUCAGCUAGCCACUGACACGGUCAGGCACUCUACUGAUGAGCUCAGGAGCUGCAGAAUGU